AAAAUAUUACGACUAUUAAUAAAUAAACAAUUUCAGUGAAUUCCAGGCAGAGGAGUUCGAGAUCGUCACACUCCAGAACAUGUAGCUCGUAGCUCCAAUAUUCUAGGCAUCAGAGCGGAUUUGCUGAGAGCAGGAAAAGCAGCUCAAACGAAAACGCUUAUAAAAACGAAGAGAGUUGAACUGUCAUGGAGCUGUCGGCUGUCGUUAAGACAAUUUCCUAUUCGCCAUCUUGGGAAACGCGCAUUUUUGAAGGCCGGUAAUUUUUAUUAAAAAAAAAACAUUGAAAAAAAACUUUUAAUUAAAAAAAAAAAACUAGUCACAUACUUACAGAAAAUGACUGAAAAUGAUGACCUAGAAACAGCAAACCCCCUUCUUGGUGGCAUGGGAGAAGACCAAUUGGAUUCUUUUGAUGACACAAAUGGAGUUCAUGAGGAGCAAUUGCUGAAUGAUACCGAUGGUGAUGGAGCAGCUGGAGAUGAUCCCGAGUUGGAGGCAAUAAAAGCAAGGGUUAGAGAAAUGGAAGAAGAAGCAGAAAAAUUGAAACAACUACAAAGUGAGGUGGAUAAACAGAUGAAUAUGGGUAGUCCACCUGGUACAACAAGUACCUUGAACAUGUCAAUCGAAGAGAAAAUGGAAGUGGACAACAGAAGCAUAUACGUGGGAAAUGUGGAUUAUGGAGCGACAGCUGAAGAACUAGAACAACAUUUUCAUGGAUGUGGCUCAAUAAAUCGUGUGACAAUUUUGUGUAAUAAAUUUGAUGGACAUCCAAAAGGAUUUGCUUACAUCGAGUUUGGUGACAGGGAUUCUGUGCAGACUGCUAUGGCUAUGGAUGAAUCUUUAUUCAGAGGAAGACAGAUAAAGGUCAUGCCAAAAAGAACAAACAGGCCAGGGAUAUCGUCAACAAACAGGGCGCCACGGGGAGUUAGGGGUGCGUCAACUUUUAGAGGAAGCAGAGGUGUCAGCAGGGGAUUUUAUGGUGGAUAUAGGCCUAUGCGUCGACCCAGGUCCUACAGACGGGGAGGAUAUUUUGCACCAUAUUAAUGGGUAAAGUAAAGAACCAUUUACACUUUAUUUUUUAGGAUUAAGUUUUGAGUUUUCCACAAGAUAAAUAAUUUUGGAUUAUUUUUGAAAGGACCCAAGAGGAUCUAAAAAAAGUAAAAAAUGGACAGAAAACAAAAAAAUUAUAAUAUUGAUUCCUUUAAUACAAAAAAAAAAAAUUAAUUCUUCUUAGAGAAUAAGUUUUGGUAUGAAAGAGUUUUGUGAAUGGAUGGUAUUUUAAUAAUCAGAAAUUAUGCAUUUUGAUAAAGUAUGUUUGAAGCAAUUUUACUAGCAAUUUCAAUUCGAUAGUUUUGUAGAAAGUUACAAAUCGUCAGGUUACUCUGAAAAGUUUGCUAUAAUUUUUACAAAUUGUAUUAGAAAAAAAAAAAAAGAAUUAUGUAAUAAUUGAUCGUGUUUAAAUAAAUUCAGGUACAAAUAUUUGUUUUGUUUCUUUUUAGUGAUACAAGGUUUGUCUGGGUCUCAAAACUUGAGACCUCGCUUGAAACUGUUGUGGAACCACAACGGUUAUUUUUCUCUUUUCCCUAAAAAUGGGUUUAUUACGAUAUUUUCGCCCAGGGCGGCUGACGCAAUGCUCUUGAUCCUUUUCUUACCCAUAGACCGGAUCGAUAAAACACAGAAAAUCAGUCCUAGAAGUACCUGACGCGACCCUUAUGUUUGGUGGUGCAACACACAAACCUGCUCUCUCUUGAGCGCAAAAUUAGAAGUAAUUAAUUUGUGUUUUUCUUGAUUCACUGUUCCAGUGUUUCGACAAUUUGUGUAUUGAUUCAAUCCUGAGAAGUUC